CUCCUAGCUGCAUUGUUCAAUUGUGCGUCCCAUUGUGUUCGUUUCGCAUUUUCAAAUUUAAGACCUUACAAAAGCAAUUCUAAAUAAAAAAACCUUACUAAAAUGGAUGACGAAGACGAUGAGUGGAUAGGAGAGUGCCUUUUAGUGGCUGGUUUCAUCACUGGAAUCGUCGUUAUCACGCUUUGCAUCUCCGUUUAUUACAUCUGUUGUCAUUGCCCGAGACAAGCGAAUCGUCGGAAAGCCAAACACGCUCAACAGCGGCGACUGCGGGAGCCAUCCGUUGCUUCAACGGCUGUUGAGUCACAUGAAAGCUGCCAUGAAACUGGAUAUCAGCCGGAUGGCGAUACGGCGACGCAACAGUUCCCUUCUCUUGUUACUAUGGCAACACAACACAACGUCGAAAGUGCACCGCCACCGUAUUACAUCAGUGAAGAUGAUCCCCCGCCGCCGUAUUCAAUUGGUGACACAUCCACUGAAAUAAUUACUGAGAAACCGACGAGUAGUAACUAGUGACCCAGCUGUAUUACAAGCUGGGGAUGAAAUAAUAUGUCAACCUGACGGCGCCAUACAGACGUGCAUCCAGCAAGGCUAACGGCGUUGUACAAUUUUGGCUAAAUGCAAAUCAGCAAGAAUUAUGUCAAAAACUAGAACAGAAAUGAAAAUUCGCUGAAAUUCCUGUCUCGAAAUUUGAAAAUGGAGUCCCAAGGUGAAGAGAAAUUUAUCCCGACUGAGAAAAAAAAAAAUUAAACUAGAACACGACACACCAAAAUGUCAAGGUUCCAUUACGACGAAUAGUUUUAAUUGGGCAUCUCAUUAAAAAAACGUGUCUACAUAUACUGACGUUAUCAAAUACACAAAGCCCAUUAUGUCAUCACUGGUUCGAUUUACUGUAUUACCUCACCCGAUUACUGUUUCUUUUUUUUUCAUAAUAAAAUGUGAUUAUAACUCAAA